UGACAUUUCUGUCAUGUCGUCUGAUUGGUGUUGUUGUGUCACGUAAACAAAGUGUUAUAUUUCGAGGGUUUUUCGCUUCUUUAGGAUUUUUCUUCUCUUUACUUUCACUUUAGAAUAAAACUAUGUUAUCUGCUCUUAAAAAACUAACCAAAAGCGGCGAUGACCGCUGUCCAGCUCCUGUUCCGAUGUCAUCAUCGCUUCAGAAGAAAUUCUCACGAGGCGUUCACUUUAACAUGAAAAUAUUAAUAAAGGGUGAUAGAAAUGUGGGAAAAUCAUGCCUCCUUCAAAGAUUACAGGGUGGACCAUUUAUCGAAGAUUAUGUGCCUACGGAUCAAAUACAAGUAGCACCCAUCAAUUGGACUUACAAGAAUACUGACUAUAUAGUAAAGGUAGAAGUUUGGGAAGUUGUUGAUAAGGGUCGUACUAAAAAGAAGCCUCCUCUAGGCCUUAAGCUGGAAAACCAAACAGCUCCAGCAGCCCCUGAAGAGGGCUAUGAGACUCCAGUUCUGGACGCUACAUUCCUAGAUGUAUACAAAAAUGCUAGUGGUGUUAUAUUGAUGCUAGAUAUUACAAAGCCCUGGACAUUUGAAUAUGUUGUGAAGGAGUUGUCAAGGGUGCCGGCCGACUUGCCAGUGGUUGUGCUGGGCAACCACUGCGACAUGCAACACCACCGUCAAGUGCAUAUGCAUCACAUUGAUCAGGCUCUACAUAAUGCAAAACUAACCAGGACAGCACCCGUGCGUUAUGCGGAAUCUUCUAUGAGAAAUGGUUUUGGAUUGCGAUUGCUACAUAAAUUUCUUAGUGUACCAUUUCUGAGACUGCAACGAACAAGUUUGCUGGAACAACUACAGAGGAAUCAAAAAGAUAUAGAAGAGACUGAGAAAGAACUUGAUGAUUUCCAAAAUUCAGAAGAGGCCCACUACAAUUCAUUCCUGGAUAGGUUAGCGAACAAGCGAAAACAGAACUCUAAAUCAGAUCCAAAGCCCAGCAGCGAUCGUUCUCCGAGCAUCGUUAUAGGUGCUGGCAAGCCAAUCGUGCCACCUCACAUUAAUCCACUGCUCGCACAAUCUCUAAACCCUCCGAAACCACAGAGCAAUGUGGUAGAGAAUGCUCAGUCAUCACAGAGUCAAUAUGUGAGCACUGAACUAACAAGAUCUAAACCAACUGUCAGUUUAGAUAUGACUCCGUCCAAACCUAAUCAAGAGAGUGAAGUAACCUCGCCUUCACAUGCGAAUAUAUCAUCGUCUUCCGGUGCACUAGACGAGUUUUAUGCAGGAACACUCGAUAGCAGUUUCUUAGAAGACUUAGCACCUCUGUCCAAUACAAAUCAAGAAUAUUACGAAACGGACAGUGAUGAAGAGAAUGGAACAAAUCCGAAAGUAACCGUCGAUCAAGAUGACUUCGAUUUUGUCGGCACUCCCACAUCUGAAACUACAAUGGAGGAACCAAAAACUUUAUUGUCUUCAGAUCAUCACAAAUCAUUUCAACCAAGACCUGAAGAAGAGGACGAGUCUCUAAACAGAUUUAUGAGACAGACGUCAAUAAGCAAGGAAAGUUCAACGCAGGACGAAAUGAGCGUCAAUCACUCUUUGCUCGACAGCAGCCAUAGCAUACAAAUGUCACUUGAUAACGAUUUCCCACUAUGGGCAGGCGAUACAAGCGCGCGAAGGUCUCCAGAAGGUGGAGAAGAUCCAGAUAUACCUAAAGAACCGGAAGAAAAGCCAGAAAAGAAGCACAAGAAAAAGAAAUCCAAAGACAAGGAUAAGGGCGAUUACAGCGACAAGUCUGAUCGAAAAGAGAAGAAACAUAAGCACAAGAAAUCAAAAGGCGAAAAGCAUUCCUCUAACGCUCAGCAGGACCUUUUGUCACCCUCUGUGGGCGCAGGAUUCUAUUACGACGACUAUGAUAGCAUUUAAUCUGAAAUAAGUACAAGACGCAUUGAAUAUUAUUAAUGUAUGUGUAUGUGCAAUAUGUAUAUAAGGGUGUUAAUUGUUCCAUAUCUACGAGCAUGAAGGUUUAUUAGUAUGUUAUCGAAAUCGAAGGGUCAAGGAGUGAGUCUUUUAACCUCCAUACUUACAAUUAUGGCUGGCACAGAUUACAUUAACAUCCUGUGUACAAUGUAUUAGCUUUGUAUGUUGUUUUAUGGAUCUAAUAUUAAUCUCUUUAGUAUUUAAAUAUUAAAAUAUUUUAUUGACAACUUAUACUCGUAGGUACGCCAGCCUCCAGCUUUUAAACGUUUUAAAAGCGUAAGCAAUGCUUUUUGUUGUAUUUAUUAACCAGAAGACAGCAAAGGUCCUCUAGUGUCCUUUUUUAACAUGAACGAUCCGAAUUUGUCUUGUUGUGGAUAAUAAGACACACUUGAUCCUUGGCUGGUUAAAAUUACUAGUCAAUUGGAAAUCAGUUAAUCUGGGUAUCUAGCCAUCAGGUAACAUUGUCAACUGCCCAAUAGAUCAUAAUAUCUGGUUCUUCCAAAUCCGGACAUUCAAGUCUUAAUUUGUUUUGGAAAUACUCAUUGCGCAAAGCGCUACGCUCCUAAGGCAUAAUAUGUAUAUUUUGUCGAUCGUUGUAAAGUCGACUUCUGUGUAAUAUAUCAGAACAAAAUCGAAAGCAUAAUGGGUGCUUGGCAUACAUCGUUAUUUAUAAAAGUCAUGUCGUUCACUCAAUACACGUUGUACACAAAGUACAAUAAAUUAAGUUGCCCUCAUAUAGGGUCUGUCAGAAAUAGUUUUGGAAUCGAGUCACUGUCAAAAAGCACUAACACACUGCCUUCCAGCUCGACACAAAAUACCUUGCUGCAAGUAUAAAAAAGUUCCAUCU